AAUUACUCAUUAGUCUAUCUCUCUAUCUCUCGUGCGUGUGACUACUACUAGCUUUGAGAAAUACAUAAAUAAAAAAGGAGCACCAUCCCAUUUACAAGAAGGCGCCACAUAAAGAAAAAGUAAAAGGCUUCUCUUCUCUCUUUCAGUUUCGACAUUCCCCAGAGUCUCUCCCCUUUUUGUCUCCAGCCAAACAAACCUUUAUAACCUUUCGUCAUCGUGAAACAGAGCAUAACAGGGAACACAACAGAGACGUUCGACUCUGUCUUAAUCUCUCACUUAAAUCCUCUGUCUGAUUUCAAAGUUUGUUCAUAUCCAAGAUCGAUGGAAACCGGUGGAGCAGUUCCAGUUCAGGAAACCGGGUCCGGAUAUCAAAAGCCCGUUAGUCCAGAUGGGUUUGUGACGAUCGAUGUCGAAAGUUUCACUCCUGUUUUUAACAAAGACUUUUCUUCUUCAAGUCCCAGAAUUACUCUUCAGAGAAGUGGUUCGAGGAAAGGGUCUCCAAGAAGCAACAACAACGAGAGAAAACUCCAUUGUGACGCAAAUGGUAAUGACAACGAGACCUCAUUUCCUCAGUCCCCACUUAGAGGAACAAGCACGCCGGAAAAGAUGAGUUCCAUGGGGUCCACGGAUAAUGCAGGUUCAGCCACAACCACAGCCACCGCUGUUUCAGCCUCGCCACUUCAUCAGAUCACCAUUACCACGGCUGCGGCUACCGCCGGAAAUAUGAUCUCCGAUCAAAAUAGAGAAAGAAGAUUUGGUUUUGCGAGGAAAUCGAGUUUUAAACGCUCUCACACAUCUUGGUUGUUUGAUCCCAAGAAAGUAGUCCUCUUCUUUGCAACUUUGUCAAGCAUGGGAUCAAUCUUGUUAAUCAUAUUUACUCUCUCGAUCAGCAAGUCCACUCCCGGAGAUAUGCCUCUCGAAUAAUAGUAAAAAUACAAGAAGAUAUAUCAGAUGGACCGACCUCAGUUUGUGGCUUUAGAACAUGCCACAAUCUCACCGACCUACAUUUGAGGAGAUGAAUCAGAAGAACAUUACAAAAAAAACAAAGAGCGUAAGGUUGUGAUAAUAAUUAUUUUGUAUGCUUUUUAUUUUUAAAAUGGAAAAAGGAAACAUCAAGAGAAAGUGGGAAGUGGGCACGCACGAGAUCAUAUGAAUAUUGGAAAAGAAAGCUUAAGACAAGAGUUUAUGACUGUUGCGACAAAGACAGAGAAUCUUCUCUUUCUGUUCCUUUUAAUUAAUUUCUCUUUUUCAAUGUAUUUUGCCUAGUAAUAUAUCAGUUGUAUUUCUUUAUGUGCAUAUAUACCAGUUGUGGUGACUGGUGAGGAUUUUUAGUUUUGCUUUGGUUUCACCGUCCACAUAGAA